AUGGUGAAGCCAAAGUUGAAGGAAAGACUUGCGAUUCGUAAAGCCAAGGAGGAAGUCUCCCAAACGCCUACAAAAUCAAAAUCGAAUAAUUCUACUCCAGUUAAAUCAAAUAAUGACAAGAAGGAAGAAGCCGAUGUCAUUACUGAUUUGAGUUCUGUCUCAAGGGAAAGUAUCAAAAAGAAUGGAGACAAGGAUACCAAGAAACAAUUGAAGAAGUUGGAAAAAAUGGAAAAGAAGGAGGCUAGACGUGACAAAAAGAAGCAAUUGAAAGAAUUGAAAAAGAAACAAGAAAAUGACGAGCAACAAGAAGAAGAAGAAGGCGAAGAAGAAGAAACUGAACCACGUAUCAGAGUUGAAUCCUUAGAGGAUGAAUACCAGAAAGAUUUUGCUGCAGUAGUGGCUGUGGAUCAUGAGGAUGACGAUGAGGAUGCUGAAGAACAAGAAGGAUUGGACUAUGAUGCUCUUACAAAGAGUGAUAAUGAAUCUGAAAUUGAUGAUGACGAAGAAGAUGAUGAUGAUGAUGAAGAAGAAGAAGAAGAAGAAGAAGAAGAAGAAGAAGAAGAAGAAAAAGAUGUCGCAUAUUCCGAUGUCGAAUUCGACUCAGACGCCGAUAUUGUUCCUCACACAAAAGUUACCAUUAACAAGACUGCUGCUCUUGAAGACUCAUACAACCGUAUCAAGCUCCCAUGGUCAUCACAUUCUUUUAUUCAACAUCAAUCCGUCACUAGUGAAGAACCAACUUCUGCUGGCAUCAUUGAUAUUUACGAUGAUACUGAACGUGAAUUGGCAUUUUACAAACAAGGUCUUGCGGCUACUAAGGAAGCUCGUACAACCCUUAUUGGUUUGAAGGUUCCAUUCUCUCGUCCAGCCGACUACUUUGCUGAAAUGGUGAAGAGUGAUGAACAUAUGGAUAAAUUGAAGCAGAAACUUAUGAAGGAAGCUACCGCCACCAAGCAGAGUGAGGAAGCCAAAAAGCAAAGAUUGUUGAAGAAGUUUGGUAAGAAGGUUCAAAUUGCCACUUUGCAAGAAAGACAAAAGCAAAAGCGUGAAACUUUAGACAAAAUCAAAGAAUUCAGAAAGAAGAGAAAGGAUGGUGCCAAGGCCAUGGACGAUGAUGAGUUUGAAAUCGCCAUUGAAGAAAAUAAUGCUGCCAAGGAUGAAUGGAAUGACAGAAAGAGAAAAAGAAGAGCCGGUGGUCAAGGUAGAGGUGAUCAACAAGACGGAGGUAACAGAAAUAAGAAGACCAAGAGACCAGGAAAGAGCAAGCGUAAUAAUAGACGUUAA